AUGUCCUAUCAAUCUACGAUAAUAGGACUUAGUUUCCUUGCGGUACUUUUAUUAAUUCCGCCCCUAGCUUGGCAUUCAAGUACAAAAAAUAUACCUGCAAUAAUUUUAAUAACCUGGCUAUUAAUAAUGAAUAUCACGGGUAUAGUAAAUGCAGCAAUAUGGAGUGGUGAAGAUUUUGUAACAAGAUGGGAUGGUAAGGGAUGGUGUGACAUUAUUAUUAAACUUCAAGUGGGCGCCAAUGUCGGACUGUCAUGUGCCGUCACGAACAUUGUUUACAAUCUACAUGCCAUUUUGAAAGCUGAUAGCGUCUUACCAGAGUUUAAUUCAUGGGUAAGAAUUACAAAAGAUUUAGCCAUAAGUUUAGGGACUCCCAUUCUCGUCAUGGCAUUAUCUUACUUAAUACAAGUGUUUAGAUAUGGGAUUGCUAGGUAUAACGGUUGUCAAAAUUUAUUAUCACCUACAUGGGUGACCACAGUACUAUAUACUAUGUGGAUGUUAAUAUGGUCUUUUAUUGGUGCAGUCUACGCUCUGCUGGUUCUGCUCGUCUUCUUCAAAAAGAGGAAAGAUGUAAGAGAUAUCUUGCAUUGUACAAAUUCCGGCUUAAAUUUAACAAGAUUUGCUAGGUUAUUGAUAUUUUGUUUCAUCAUUGUUUUAGUAAUGUUCCCCUUUUCUCUUUAUUCAUUUAUCCAAGAUUUAGAGCAGGUUGGUGGUAGUUACAAUUUUAAAAGUACGCAUUCUAAGGCUUUAUGGAAUGUGAUAAUAAAGUUUGACCCAGGUAAACCAGUUUACAAUAUUUGGCUAUACAUACUAAUGUCAUAUUUGGUAUUUUUAAUAUUUGGAUUGGGUACAGACGCCUUAAGUAUGUAUGGUCGCUUCUUAAGAAGGAUAGGACUAGGUUUUAUUAUUGAUUCAAUCCAUAUAUUUAUUCAAAGAAAUAGAGAAAAUCGUGUGGGACAAUUAUUAGGCAAGAUGUCAGCUGGUACAGAAUUUCAAAACUUGGGAUCUUCUGACGAAUAUGGUGAUAAGACAACGAUGUUUAGUGAUACUGACGCAACAUCACCAAGCUCGCAGCAACAUUUUAUCGUUGAUUAUCGAUUGCCAAAUGAAAGGAGAAAUAGAUCUAGACGCAAAAGAAAUGAUAUAGAUAGUUUCCUUGAUUUAGAGAAUAACUUUCCUUCCAAUGACAAUGUUGAAAUUGCAGACAGCAGGUAUGUUCCCUUCCUUUCAAAUUCAUACGAUGAUGAGGACGAACAAAUUUCGUUAGAUGGGUUUUCAAAGAUCUCUAUUGGACCAUCAGAUAAGAAAAAUACUACAACAUUUGAAACUUACUCUCCAAUGUCAACUCUAGAAAAUGGAAGUUCAGAACAAAAGGGUUCGAGCACUCUAGAUGAGUUAUCAAAAGUAGACUCUCAAGAAACAGAAUUGGAAUUUCAUUUUAAAGUAAUGAAAAAAGAGGAGUCUGAUUGA